UGUUUUUAACUGCUCCUAACGAAACUGGAUGGAUUUUUGAGGUAAUUUGUUUUUGAAUCGGCUUUUAAAGGAUAUAAAACGGUUGGCAACAAGGUGAAAAAUGGAAGACGACGCUCCUGUCAUAUAUGGUCUCGAGUUUCAGGCUCGUGCGCUUACGGCCCAAACAGCUGAGACUGAUGCCAUUCGCUUCCUCGUGGGCACACAGUCACUGAAAUUUGACAACCAAAUCCACAUCAUUGACUUUGAUGAUGAGAAUAACAUCAUUAAUAAGAAUGUCCUCCUGCACCAAGCUGGAGAGAUAUGGCACAUUGCUGCCAGUCCUGCUGAUAAAGCUGUGAUUACCACCUGCUACAACAAAACCAGUGACAGCAGGGUGGUGUCCUGUGCUGCAGUAUGGCGGAUGCCCUCCGACUGGGACUCAGGAAGCCACGAGUCACCUGAUGACUCUGCCCACAACCCUCAAACUCUGGAGCUUCUUUGUCAUCUAGAUGACUGUGCCCACAGAAACGCUGCCUGCGUGUUGUGGGAGCCCAUGGGGGACGGCAAGCGAGUGAUUUCAUUGGCUGAUAACCAUGCGCUGCUCUGGGACCUGCAGGAGAGCUCCACACAAGCUAUGGUUUCCAGCACUGCCACCCUUGAAGGUAAAGGUCAGCUGAAGUUCAUCUCUGGCAAAUGGAGCCCCCACCACAACUGCAGCCAGCUUGCCACGGCAAAUGACACAACCAUUCGAGGUUGGGAUCUUCGCACUAUGAGUCAGAUCUACUGUAUAGAGAACGCCCAUGGCCAGCUGGUGCGUGACCUGGACUUCAAUCCUAACCGCCAGUACUACCUGGCCAGUUGCGGAGAUGACUGCAAGGUCAAGUUCUGGGACGUCCGUAAUAUCCAGGAGCCCGUAAAAACCUUGGAGGAGCACUCGCACUGGGUGUGGAGCGUCCGCUACAACCACAGCCACGACCAGCUGGUGUUAACAGCCAGCAGCGACAGCCGUCUCAUCCUUUCCAAUAUGGUGUCCAUCUCCUCGGAGCCAUUCGGACACUUGGUGGACGACGAGGAGCUCAGCGAGGGGGAGGACAACCACCAGGAGGACAAGAGUAAGGAGCCUCUGAAAGACAGUGUGGUGUCCACCUACGAGGAACACGAGGACAGUGUAUACGCAGCAGAGUGGUCGUCGGCUGACCCGUGGCUGUUUGCCUCACUCAGCUAUGAUGGACGCCUGGUCAUCAACAGGGUCCCCCGAGCUCUUAAAUACCGCAUCCUGCUGUGAGGCAAAGGGGGAACCCACAAGCGUGACACAUUUGUCUGAUGUAAAUAUCUAAGUAUGGAUGUCCCAAUCACUGUAAAGAAAGAAGUAUGUUGCUUAUCAGCAUUAAAGGAAAAUCUCUAAAA